GGCAUAUCGACCAGCUCCAAGAUUUCUGAUACCCCCGAAGACUGCGCCGCCUGUGGUCCACCUGGAAGAUGGAGGAAACCGGAGCAGAACGCCACCUGCUGCACCCCUUCACGACCCUCUCCGACGAGAGCACUGGAGCAUACACCAUCGACAAUGCUGAAGGAGUCAUGAUGCAGACUCACUCUGGGCUACAGCUACUCGACGCAAUGUCCGGUCUGUGGUGCGUCAAUGUUGGCUACGGCAAUCCGGCGCUGACGGACGCGAUUCAUCAUGCUUCACAAAAGCUAUCCUUUGCGCACUGCUUCUGGGGUUGUUCCCACGAGUAUGUAACGCGCCUGGCCGAUAAACUCAUCGAGCUUGCUCCAGGCAGCUGUAUGAAGAAGGUCUUCUUCGGACACUCCGGUGCCGAUGCCAACGACACCAAUUUGAAACUCGCCAGGUUGUAUUUUCUACUGUUGGGACAACCGCAGCGGACCAAGUUCUUGGCGUGCCACGAUAGCUACCAUGGAACCACAUACGCAGCAGCGAACCUUUCCGGAUUGCCAGGUCACCAUCGAAAUUUUGCACUUCCAGAGUCAAACUACAUUCACCUCUCACCACCAGACGUGGACGACGUGAUGAAUCGCCGUAGGUUUGCGACGCCAGACGCCCUUGUGGAUGACCUCGUCAAAGAGCUUGAAGAGACCAUCGAACAGGAAGGAGCGGAGACCAUUGCGGCAUUCUUUGCCGAGCCGAUAAUGGCAGUGGGUGGCAUCGUUAUUCCCCCCGCGACGUACUUUCCGCGAGUCAAAGACGUUCUCGAUAAGCACGGCAUUCUUCUGGUCAUGGAUGACGUGGUAUGCUCCUUUGGUCGGAUCGGCCACUGGUUCGGGUGGGAGACAACGGGAGUCCAGCCAGAUUUGGUCUCUUUAGCCAAGGGGUUGACGAGUGGGUAUGUUCCCAUGUCAGCAAGCAUGGUUGGCGCGAGAGUCGCCUCAGUGCUGCAGCAAUAUCAGAAAGAAGUCGGCAUUUUGGGCCACGGGUUUACGAUGUCGGGCCACCCUGUCGCUGCGGCAGCGGCCUUGGCGAACAUUGAAGAGAUUGAGAAGCACAAUCUGUUGGAACAGGCGACGGCAAAAGGUCAGUCGCUCGUACGAAUGAUUCGGGACCAAUCCAAACAUCUGUGCAGCAUUCUGAAUGUCCGCGGAAGGGGCAUGCUGAUAGGGGUCCAGCUCACUACCCCAGGUACAGCAAAAGCAGAUGGCAGGAUGUUUGUUGACGUAGGAGAGGUUUCUAGAGUCUGCUUGCAGCGCGGACUGAUCGUCCGUGCGGUGCCAGCUCGAAACACCAUCGCCCUUUGCCCUCCUCUAAUCAUCAGUCAGGCGCAGAUGCAAACUUUGACAGACUGUCUUGUAGCUACCAUAGCGGAAUGCGAGAACCAAUAAGUUGAAGCCGGGAGCUCGGUGGAUUCCCGAGGUUGGAG